GCACAGCAGCGAACAUGGAGGUUUAGUUGUCGUCUAAUGGCCGCUGGAGAAGGAGAGCUUCACUGAGUCUGUGUUCAUCCGUUUCUUAGUUAUACUUUUUAUUCACUUUGUUAGAACUUCACUAUGGAGAUGAAAAAGAGAGUGACUCUGGAGCUGAGGAACAGGAAUCCCUCAGAGGUGGUGGAGCUGGUGGUGGACAACUGUCGCUCUGCCGACGGAGAGGUGGAGGGUCUAACAGACGAGUUCUCGGCGCUGGAGAUCCUCAGCAUGGUGAACAUCGGACUCAGCUCGCUGGCCAAGCUGCCCUCUCUCCCCAAACUCAGAAAGCUGGAGGUGAGCGAUAACUCCAUCUCCAGCGGGUUGGACACUCUGGCGCAGAAAUGUCCCAACCUGACGUACCUGAACCUGAGUGGGAAUCAGAUCAAGGAGCUGAGCAGCAUCGAGGGACUGCAGAACCUGAAGAACCUGAAGAGUCUGGACCUGUACAGCUGCGACAUCACGGCUGCAGACGACUACAGGGAGAACGUCUUCGAGCUGCUGCCUCAGCUGGUCUACCUGGACGGCUUCGACCAGGAGGACAACGAGGUGCCGGACUCUGAGAACGACGAGGACGAUGAAGCCGGGCCACCUGGAGAUGACGACGACGACGACGAGGAUGAGGAGGAUGAUGAAGAUGAGGACGGCUCCGAGGGAGACGAGGUGGGCCUGUCCUACCUGAUGAAGGAGGGGAUCCAGAGGAAGACGGAGCUGCCGCUCAGGGCGAGAAGAGGAAGAGAGACGCAGACGACGAAGGCGAUGACGACGACGAUGAAUAGAGGGAACAACUGGCCCCGCCCUUACCUGCUGACCCCUCCCCCAUAUUUGGCCAUUGCCUCAGAGAUGCAGACGAUCAGGAAGUCCUGGGAUCAGGUUUACAGCAGGGCUGAUGAAGUCUUUACCAUGCCAACCUGACAGGAAGCUGUGAAGGUGACCUCCAGUCUGAGCCAACUAUAUGAAAAAAAAACUGUAUUAAAAUAAAAUGCAGAAGAGAAACAAUCUGCAGCAGCAGAUCCUGGACCAGCGAGUCCUGGUUGUGACAUAAAUCUGGAUCCGGAGCGAUUAAAGUUGCUGAGGUUGUUUCUUUAAAAGCUCAAAGUUGAUUGGUUCUCUCAGACUGACCUCAUCUUCCCAGAAACUCUCCUCUUCUUCCAAUUAAACCAGUUCAGCCCUUCUAAGACCACAUUACCCACGAUCCUCAGAUCUGACUGGUAUCGAGCUCUGCUCUCUGAUUGGACGCCACUCUGGGACUUUGUAUUGGACUGUUACUGACAAGCCCCGCCCCUCUCCCUGCUGUCCGGUCGUGUAAAUAUCCGUGAAGCGGUCCCUGUAGGUUCUGUGAUGUCGUCUCUUUGAGUUCGGAGCGGACGCUCGGCUUCUCUGACGUAAUUUUAUUUUUUUAUUCCUGUCUGCUGACGGUGUGUCGCUGUAACCGGAGUGUUUUUGAAUAAAACCACUGAAACCAAAA